ACUAGAACAACCACUAUGAGUAAACGAAAAGAGCCCGACGAUAACGUAAACAGCGAUUUCUACUCGAUGCUUAUGGAGUUAGCGAACUACGAGAAGAAUGUCAACAACGAUAUGCACCGAUCCAGCGCUUACCGGAAAGCCGCCUCCACUUUGGCCCAUCACCCUACGAGAAUAACUUCCGGAGCCGAAGCUCGUAAACUAAAAGGCAUCGGUCCUAAAAUCGCCGAUAAAAUCGAAGAAUUCAUAAAAACCGGUGGACUAGAGAAACUCAAGAAGAUACGACAAGACGAUACUCCUAAAAUAAUCGAAGAAUUAACCCGAGUCAGCGGAAUCGGUCCAGCCAAAGCUAAAGAGCUAAUCGAGGAGAAAAUCACUUCUAUCGAUCUUCUUCGUCAAAACACCGAUAAACUCACCCACCAUCAAAUUAUCGGUUUAAAAUACUUGGAUGAUUUUGAGCAAAAAAUACCUCGCUCAGAAAUCGUCGAAAUUGAGAAAAAGCUCAGAGAAGAAAUAUCCAAACUCGAUGAUAAAUACCGAGUUACAAUUUGCGGUAGUUACAGAAGAGGUAAAAAUGAAAGUGGCGAUAUCGACGCUUUAAUUUCUCAUCCUGACUUCACAUCCAAAGACAAGAAACCCACCAAACCGUUCCUGGAAAGUGUCGUAAAUACAUUAAAAAAUUGCAAUCUUAUCACCGAUACUAUCUCAUUGGGUGAUGUAAAAUUCAUGGGAGCGUGUAAAAUCAGUAACUUUACCAGAAGAUUAGAUAUACGUUUUACUCCGUUUGAUCAGUAUUAUUGCGCAAUUCUAUAUUUCACCGGUAGCGAUAUGUUCAAUAAAGCGAUGCGUACUCACGCUUUAACUAAUAAUUUCACCCUGAACGAGUACUGUAUUAGACCUAUCGGAAGUACUGGAACGCCAGGCGAACCUUUACCGGUAUCUUCCGAAGAAGACAUCUUCGAUUACAUCGAUUAUCCGUAUAAAACUCCCCAAGAAAGAAAUAUUUAACCUCGUUUACUCAACUUUCGUUUCUAGAGUCGUUUAAAUUUUUACUGUAUCCUAUUCUGUUGUAGAUUUAUUAUCAAUAAAUUUUUCGUGAUUUCUGA